AUGUUCAGUUGGUUUUUCAAAAAAAAUACUCCUUUAGAACAACAUACUAAGUUUAUUUCUAAAACAUCUUGGAUAUGUGAACUUAAUCAACCUAUUAAUAAAGAAUUUAUUCAUCAAUUAUUUUAUGAAACAUUUGAUUUUGAGAAUUACACAAUUUGUAAAACACAUGGAUCAAUUAUUGCUAUACUCCCUUCAAAUUAUUUUUAUGCACGACUUACUUUUGGAAAAACAAAAGAAAGUGAUGUUCUUAUUAUUGUAUUUCAUGAAACUGAUGAUAAUGUCAUCGUAUCCCCAAUUAUUAGAGUAUUUGGAGAAUCGUUAGAGAAAUAUGGGUUAUUGAAAGAAACAGAACAAAAAAUACCGAAACAACUCAAACAACUUAAUUAUGUUGAAUUUAAUCAAUUUGCUUUUGACACAAAUUUUGAGAUUAGUGAAAAUGAAAGAAGAUGUUCUGCUGUUUUAAAGACAGACACUAAUAUUCUUAAAAUAUUUGAUGUGUUAUCAAAAAUUGUUUCAAAGGAGGGAUUUACUGGAGUAAAGAGAAAUACUGGAUUACAAUUUGAAAAAGGAAAAGAGAUUAUCAUUGCACAUGUUGGUAAGAAUAAACAAAAAGAUACUAUAAUGAAUCUUCAAUGGAAUGAGGAAGUUAAAGAAUGGAUUCAACUAGCAGAAAGAAUAGGAAAAUCAUUAGCAGAAAAAAGACAAUUGGCAGUCUUUGAAAAGCUUGAAGUUAAGGUAUAA